AUGCAUUUCUUUGCCAUUGUCGGUCUUGCGGCUGCAAUCGCGUCGCCGCUUGCUUCAGGGGCGGUAACGCCACCGGCUCCGAACCUCGCGCGCCCCCCUCUCCCUCCUAUCCCCGUCCGGCCCAGGUCGGCUUCCGCCGUUGUGCUAGCCAAGAACAAUGAGGUUCCGGAGGAUCUCGUCAUCCCCGAUACCUACAUCAUCAGAUACAAGCCCAGCCUCGAUGUUCUCAGAAGACUUCAACACGAGGAGGACAUCGACAGGAUGGCCAAGAAGGAUGAGAAGAGGGGCAUCUUUGACCGAUUUGAUAUCCCGGGUCUGCAGGGUUAUGUGGCCGAGAUUUCACCAUCGGAACUCAAGAAUCUCACUGAGUGCGACUUGAAAGACACCAUCAUCAAGACCACAGCCGUGGCCGCGAGCCCAGCACUCGCCAAGCGUACUAUGGUCAAACAGUACAACGCCCCUUGGGGCCUCGCCCGCAUCUCUCACUAUAGCCGACACCGCCGGGACUAUGUCUAUAGCGAUACCGCCGGCACUGGCACCGUCGUCUACGUAGUCGACACGGGCAUCCGCACCAGCCACGCUGAUUUCAACGGCCGCGCCAUCUGGGGUGCCAACUUCCUUGCCGAGACCUCUGACUCGGACGAAGACGGCCACGGAACCCACGUUGCAGCCAUCAUCGCCGGCAGCACGUACGGCGUAGCCAAGAACGCGACCGUCAUUGCCGUCAAGGUGCUCGACAAGACCGGCUCGGGGAGCAUGUCCGGGCUGCUGCAGGGUCUGAACUGGGCGGUGGACGACGCUAGAAGACGCGGCGUGGUGUCCAGGACGGUCAUCAACCUGUCCGUGGCGGGGACCUACACGCAGUCGGUCAACGACGCGAUCAAGAUCGCGACGGAUGCCGGGAUUACGGUUGUGGCGGCUGCCGGGAACAAGAACGACGAUGUGGCGAACUGGUCACCGGGGUCUGCUCCGACGGCGAUCACGGUUGGGGCCAUCGAUGAGGAUGACCGGCGUGGGGAGUUCUCGAACUGGGGGCCCGGCGUGGAUAUCUUUGCCCCUGGCGUCAGCAUCAACAGCGCGUACAACACCGGUGACUAUGAAACGGCAUGGCUGAGCGGGACCAGCAUGGCGACACCGCACGUUGCGGGACUGGCCGCGUAUUUCAUGGCCAGGGAAGGGCUCUCGGGGAGUGAGGUGACGGAACGAAUCUUGGGUGCUGCUAAUAAGGGGGUUGCCGACAGACACGAGGGUGCGGACAGAAUUGCAACCCCCUUCGAGAUCUUCAUAUCCUCAUUAUCCCUCCUCUUCCUCUCCAUCUCCGCCACCAGCGUAACCACCACCUCCCCAAACUGCCCAUCCGUCAACCCUUCCCUCAGCACCACCAACCGCCCCUCAUUCCGGCUCGUCCCACCCCCCGCCUCGGCCCCAUCCCUGGCCACAAACCUCGCCACAUACCCACCCACUCCCCCAUCCUCCACCAGCACCAACGCCCCCUCCUCCACCACCCACUUCAACCUGCCCUGCGCACCCGCCCCCAGCCCCGUGCAGCUCACAAACUUCUUGCGGAACCGAUACCGCCCCCCGCCCACAUCCCCACCCACGCCCCCCACUGCCCGUGCAGAUACGCCUUCUACCCUUGUCCGUCGUCAGGCUGUGGAACCAGCGCCCCGCCCAGGCUCCGGCCCGCUGCCGUCGCCGCCGCGGGUGGAUGGUCAGCUGCGGGGUGAGGGAGAGGGGAGGACGGGUAGAGGAUGGUGA